UUGUUCCCGAUGAUAUGAAUACCAGCUCGGUCCGAAUUGGUCGGAGUACAGCCGUAGACCGCUUCACAUCGUCACGGAUGGCGUAAUUGUCUAUUUUUCGUGUCGCCAGAUGAUAUACAACCACAGAUACCAUCAAAACAUUUCCAAAUCUGAUCUGAGAGUCGAGCAUCUGGAGAGAGGAGAUCCACGCGAGACGAGCUUUUCCAUGCAGUCGUGGAUAAAAUGGAUGACAGGAUUGACGGUGUGCGGGUUGGAGAAAACAAAUUCAUCAGCAAGAGUAGCAUUCUCUCUCAUUUAAAGACCUACAACCUGUACUAUGAAGGAAAGAACCUGCAGCUACGACACCGAGAGGAAGAGGAGGAGCUGAUCAUGGAAGGACUUCUCAAUAUCUCAUGGGGUUUGCGUCGACCAAUCAGGCUUCAGAUGCAGGACGACCAUGAGCGAAUCAAGCCUCCUCCCUCCUCCACCUCCUGGCACUCGGGCUGUAAUCUGGACAACCAGAGUCAGGAGGCUCAGAAACAAACUCCUCAAACUCCACCUCAGAUGGAAGUAACGCCUCCAGAGGAACAAACAAACAACGGCACAACACAAGACCAUGAAGAAGAAGAAGAUGAAGAAGAGUGUGACGUCUCCGCUCAGCUUCUCAGAACUAAAAGUGAUGCAGGCGUGUUGAGGCGGGGCCGGAGACGGUCUCCUAGUGACCAGCGCCGAAUCAGACGCCACCGAUUCUCCAUCAACGGUCACUUCUACAACCACAAGACGGCUGUAUUCACUCCUGCAUACGGUUCAGUCACAAAUGUGCGGAUCAACAGCUGUAUGACCACACCACAGGUGCUGCGGGUGCUGCUCAACAAGUUUAAGAUCGAGAACAGUCCAGAUGACUUUGCGCUGUACCUGGUUCACGCAAGCGGAGAGCGUGUUCAGCUGAAGCGCACUGAUUAUCCAUUAGUAGUGCGAAUCCUUCAGGGACCAUGUGAACACGUCUGCCGGAUCUUUCUUAUGGAGCAGGAUCUGGGAGAGGAGAUUCCUUAUGAAGUGGCACAAUACAUCAAAUUUGAGAUGCCCGUCCUGCAGAGUUUUAUUACUAAACUAAAGGAAGAGGAGGACAGAGAGGUGCAGAAGCUGAAAAGCAGAUACAAGUGUCUGCGGUGUAUCAUUGAGAAGCAGCUGCAGUGUUUACCAGAAGGAUCCACCUGUAUGUGAGCUGCAUCUCUGUCUGAACACGUUACACUCCAUGUCAAACAGUAGACCUCCAGACUGACUGUCAUCAGCCCUUCCACCCUAAAUAACGUCUCUAAACCACUAAUAUGCAUUGAUAUUUGCUGACCAGUAAAGAUGGAUGGUACAUCUUGUAAUAUAUAUAUAAAAAAUCUUUGUAUAUUUUUCUCUGCACAUUUGGUGCUGUUGUGAAUCACAUCCAGGUACAAAAAUUUACAAGCACAUUCCACAAAAGCAGGGAAUUUCAUCAUCCAGGGAUCCCUGGAGAGAGCAAUUAUAAUGACAAGCACAAAGAAAUAAAGAUAAAUGCUUGCAACUAGUAUUACUUGUUUAGUUAAACUCAUUAUUAAGAGUCGUGACUGAUCACUUUAAAUGUUGUUGGAUGUAUUGAGAAUAAAUGCGGUCUGAGCCAACCUGUUUUACCAGUACAUAGGGUGACCAGACGUCCUGUCGUAUUUACAUUUUUUAGUGUCUCUACUUAUUACGACAAAUGUUCAGUAUUUCACUUUUCUAAAAACAUUCUUCAUUGCUGAUUACUAGUAUUCUGUCAUGCUAAAAAUCUUAAUCAAUAGUAGCCAAUCAUGUCAAAGUUAAUCCUUUGACACAUACGAUCAGUGUCACAUGAGCAGCUGUUGAAUCAAAAGCAUUCCCACCGUGGGUAGUGCUGAGCCAAGGAAAGAGGCACUUUGCGAUUGUCAUAAAUGACAAUUUAUCAGUGUUUUCAAACAAAUAAUGUUUCUUUUAGGUUACAAAUAUUUAAAUACACAUAAGUAUUAGCAAAAUAUAGCAUUUAUGAUUUGUAAAGUACAUGCUGAUUUCUGUGGAAAAAGCCACAAACUUUCAUGUAUUUUGGGAGAAGUUGAUGAAUUGACAUGUUGUAAAUUCAGCAGCUGUAAUCUCUCCACUAGAGCACAGGCUAAAGGGUUGAUCGCACACCCAAUGUGCCUUUAAGACUUGUAAACACUGUUUUCUAUGAGGGAACACACACCGGUGCUGCCAUUCGGUGUUUGUUUGUGUUGCUUAGUAACGAAUAGACAACCAUGUAAAGACGGACUUCUUAACAUGUCGGCACUACAACAGUUUGACAGCAAACAGUAGAGCAAGAAUGUGUCCGAUUUAUGCACUUCCUUACUUUAUUGUGUGAAAAUUGAAUCGCUGAACAUGUGAAAGCAUGUCUGAAUUAAUAGUGUUCAAAAAACAGUACACGAGAAGUCCAUGACCUACCACUCCUGGCGAGAUUCUGAAGAUUCUGACACUUUCAUAUCCCAUGAGGGUAUUUAUGAAUGGAAGUCAAGUGAUGCAACUGACCUCUGUAGGUCAUGUGAUAAUGACUAGAGCCCUACCGAUUAGGGCGUUGUCGACCAAUUUGGCAUCGUACGAUGUCUAAUGUGAACCAUCGCGAUGGCUGAUGGCAUCAUCGUCGUAUGCGGUGGUGAAUUAAUUAUUUAUGAACAAUUAAUUAAUUCAUAACGGAUUAAAUGUUUGUAGCUUACCGUUUCAACUACCUGACCCACAUGGUCUUUGUUUUACCGAUAACCAAAUCAUAAAUUAAUAGCGAUAAGUUCCACACAAAUUACCACCUGUCAAUCACUUUUUCCGCAGGACUCUGGUAUGAAUAGGCAGAGUGAUCUGUGUCGUUAUAAUGGUGUCAACAAACUUGGUUGGUAAAAAAGGUGCACAACCAACAGCAACCAACCAACAGUAUCUGAGGUUUUCGCUAAAAUGACAAGCGUGAAAGCGAGAGGUUGAAGAAGUGUACUGAUGCUGUGACACGUUACCUGAUAGAUUCAAAAGACAGAAAAGUCGUUAGAUAGAGACAAGAUUAAUUAAAUAUCACGUUUAUUAACUAUAGUAAGAAGCGAGACAGCGGUACAUGCUUGAUAAACUGUCUGACGUACACAGCUCUCUGGGGUUUUGUGCUCAAAACAACCACUGAAUGCCUGGAGUUCAGAUGUUCAGUGUGCUAGCCAGCGUGUGUGUGUGUGUGGUCACGUGAUGUUCUUUUUCAGCGGUAUAGUGUGGACGGAGAUCUUUUCAGAAAUGCUAGCUGAAACACCAGUGUGGACGUGGAUCGUUUUUGUUCUAAAAUUCCAUUUUUAAAACUAAGACGUAUUAGUGUAAACGGAGCUUAAGUGUGUAUUUUUCGCGAACGGGUUGCUGCUGCGACAGGGGCUGGGCGGAGGAUCGCGAUGCCAGAUCAGCAUCAUGAUGUCUAUCGGCCCAUCGGCGAUGGAUUAAUGCAUCGUGUACUCUACCCAACCCUACUACCGAUAUGCGUUUUUUGGCAGAAGCUGAUACUGAUAUCAGUGAGUAAAAAAUACCAAUAUAUCGGCCGAUACUUGUCAUAUGCAUAUUAUAGUUUUGUAAGAGUCAAAAAGACACUUACCCAUUCAUGUGUUCAAACUUUUGACUAGUAUUGUAUACAAAUACAAUAUAUACAUAAACAUAAUAGAUACAUAAACACAUUUUGCGAUGAUUUAUCCAGGAAACAGAUUUUUUCCAAAUGUAAACAUCUGAAAUAAAUGAAUACUAUUGAAGAAAAAUAAACUAAUUUGCCAUGUUCUAUUGCACUAUUUUAUACAGCAUCGGUGGUGUAAUAUAAUCAAAAUAUAGUCAGUUAUAUAGACCUAAGCAUUGCUUAAAGAGUUGCUAACAAUGAAGCAUGCUCUGCUGGACUAACUCAGUAAUUACUCCAUUUGAAUCAUUUUGUCUGUUAUAUGUUCUGUGAAAUACAUUUUAAAAAACGAUCAUAUCGGUGACAGAAUUCUUCAAUAUCGAUACCUCGGCGAUAGGCUCAUAUCAGCCAAUAAAAUCGGCAAAACAAUAUAUCUCUCAGGCUCUAUUAAUGACAACCUGGUGGAUGUAGAAUGUUCAAAUCCUAUUCAUACUAUUAUAUUCAUAUUUUACAGAACAUACUUUUCUAGCGGUUGUGAAGUACAUUCAAAUUCAAAUGUAGAACCUCAACGAGUACUGUGCGAUUUUUGAACAGCAGCCCAAGAACUUGUAUCCGCCAUCGUCGGUUUGCACAUAUAGCAUUACAAAUAAUUAACUGCAUCUGAUUGCUUUUGAAAAAGUGAAAAAUAAAACGCUCAUAAAUGUAUAUGGUACCAUAACAAAGAUGAAGUGUAUGUAAAUAUGUGAAAUUCUGGAGGAAACGUUGCAUAAUGUUGCAUGGGAUGUUUUUAGCGCCGUCUGCCAAUUAUCAAGUACACAAGUACACAAAAAGGAAUUUACUAAAAGCAAUUCAUGUAAACAUCCUAAUCGUGAUAUUGUCUUAUUCAGAAUAAGGUGAAUGAUUCGAUUAAUGAGGUUCAUGUGAAAGUGAUACUGUACAGCACAACGUCCUGAAAUGUAUAACAUCUCAGGUAAUCGUUGAAUCUGAGUUUCCAAUGCAAUCUCACAGCAAUUCAGAACUUUUGGAUUUAGUGGCUGUAUUAAUUUGUACAAUCUCAUUCGUACAUUUUAGAUUGAUUUCUCAUCCCCCAACAUAACUAUUUUAAGUUUUGUCCGAAAAAUGGCUAAUAAUUGAAAUUAAUACAACUUUAUUUUGUAUGAAAAAGUACAGUUAUUAAAGAAGGUGUGCCCUAACUCUUAUGUAUUGUCAGAAAAGUGGCUUGUUUGUACAAAUUCAUAACAUUUCGUUCUUAUGUAAACAUGCAAUUUUUAAAAGAAUUCACGCCCCUGAAAUCAUAGGAAUUUGUACGAAUUAGCCACUUUUCUGACAAUACUUGAAAUAGUUACGUUUCCUUGUGAGAUGAGGUAGUGUUUCAACCACAAUGUCAGUUACAAAGUUUGUAAACUCUAUGUCACGUAACACAUUAUAUUGACCUCAGGAAAGCCAUUUAGCAUAAAAAGCUCAUUACUUAGAAGGACAAAAUCCAAUCUAGAUCAAAUAUUCCGAUAUUUAACUUCAAGGAUUCUGGUCACCCUAUUUCAGUAUCAUCCAACUUGACCAACGUCUCUUUUAGACGGUGAUUGUUUUCAGAAGGACAGGGAGAGGUGAAUCCCAUACUGAAGACUGUGAAUUUAAUGAAUGAUUGUAAACAGAAUGAAGCAGGACAAUGCUGUCUGAGUGAAUGACUGAGUUAGUCUGACCUGUAUGACUGUUUGAGUACCGGAAAAAGACAGUAUGGCUGUAGUUGCUAAGAAAGAGGUUCAUUUUUUUUUUUUUUUUUAGAUUCUCAUUCACACCUAUGACUGCCUUGUGUUGUCAUAUUUCUGACAUUUCCUCCAGCAUGUGUUUAGUCUAUAUUAUGAUUGUAAAACUCAGAAUAAGAUGAUAAUUAUAUUUAAAUAAAAUGUUAUCAUCCGAAAAUAAAAACAAA